AAGAGAGAGAACCGAUGGGCAGCUAGAAUUCUUCCUUCAGUGCUGCCUCCAUGCCUGCCACCAGUAGUUGACAAUGACUUCAUGCCUCUAGAGCACACAGUAGAGGAUGCCUAUGAGGUCUCAUUUGCUACAGAAGCCACUUCAGGCAGAGCUACUGUUGAUGGAGUGGACAGAUCAGCAGCUAAAUGCCCUGUCCCAAUGCUGCCUCCAGGUCUGCCACGUGUCUUUGACGACAAACUGCCAGGGGAGGCAGUAGAGGGCAAGUGUCCAGUUGCCCGUGAAGCAGCCCCUUCCGUGUCUACUGUCCUCCAAGAGGAGUUUUUGGCUGAUAAAGUCCUCCUGCACCCACAGCACUGUCUCUAAGGCUGCCCUGCACCCACAACAUUGACCACAAACAGCCAGAGGAGACAGUUGAGAACACCACACAGUGCUCAGUUGACAUAGAGGCAAGUGCAGUUUCAUCCACUGUCAAGAGAGAGGAAAUGAUGGGUGAUAAAAGCCCUGUCCAUGCACUUCCUCCAAGCCUGGCAUGCAUCCAUGACAAGGACCACAAGCAGCCAGAGCAGAAAGUGAAGGGCACUAGUGAAGAGUUGGAUCUCUUCCCUCACACUCACCAGCUGUUCCCAGAUGCUAACUUAACUCUGGCAACCCGCAAUGAUGAGCUGCCCAACCCUCUGAUCUGCGUGAUCACUAAGAUGCCUGUUAGAGUGGGAGCCUCCAUAUUCAGGUCAGAGGAUGAGGAACCCAGGCCCUGGACCCUGGAAGAGGCAAUGGAUUAUUGGAUAGGCAUUGAAAUUGAGAGUGAAGAGAGGAGCGUCACUGAGGAGGUGAGCCCGAGGGAGGGAUUGAAGAGUGUGGGGGAUUGUGCCCAUUCCAAGUGCUCCAAUGGGACGGUUUCAUCAGAGAGAGCAGAGGCCAUCCUGGGAAGAGUGGGCUUUCUGCUCAUGAACCAAAUGCAGAAAAUCCCGUUCUUGAAGAUGGAGGAAAAAGAGAAAAAUAUGAAACUGAAUAAGAAGUUGAAAGAUGAAGAGAAAGAGAGAAAGGAGAUGAAAGACAAGGAGGAGGAGCAAAAAAAGAGGGAGAAGAAAGAGAUGAAGGAGAGAGAGAAAGAGAGAGAAGGAAAGAAAAGAGAAGGAAAAGGCAGAGAAAAAGAGGUUAGAGGGGCUGAUGAAGAUACAUAAUGACAUGAUGAAAGACAGGAUUAAGAAAGAGAAGAAGUGUUCUGAGCAGCUGAAAAAGAGAGAGAAAGCUCAAGCUGCAUUCUUGGAAAUGGAGAGAAAGAUUCAAGAAAAGGAGAAGAAGAAGAGAGAAAAGAUGAGAGGAGAGGAAGAGGAAGAGGGAGCCAGCUGGAGGUGGAACUGAGAGGGUGAUAGAAGAGCAGGGAAGGGAUGAAAGCUUGAAGAUGGAUGAGUAGACUGGGUAAUAGAGAGAGAGAGAGAGAGAGAAGGAAGGGAUACUGUAUUUUU